GCUGAUUAUGUUAUCUUUCCUGUUGUUGCAGACAUAGGUUUGUUGAAGAUUGCACGGUUUAAUGAUAUGUUACUAUUUCAAACAGUAUCUUCAUGCCGUCUCAAGCCACAUUUUUGUGGUUGAUCCUCUGGAAGGGACAAAUGAAGUUGAGGACUCCAGAAAGGCUGGACACAGAUUUGGACAGUAUUUCAAGAUGCGCCGGAACAGACUGGGAAAGGACGACUGGGUGAACAUCAAGUGGAAGCCUGGCAAGAUAACCCACACCUUUCAGGAAGAUGCCACCAGUUGUGGGGUCUUUGUCAUGCAGAUGGCCAAGAUGACAGUGAUGGAGUUUCCAAAGAUGCCACAGUGUUUUCAUAUUUACACAUCAGAAGAGGGUCUUAAAAAUCAAAGAAGAAUCAUGGCAGGAGAAAUUCUCACAGCGUUAGAUAUCUUGCGUGCCAAAUAUCUGGAGGAGUCGGCGGACUCAAUAUCCACGUCCAGCCAAUGA